AUAUACACAGCGGGCAGGCGAGCCAUCUUACUUCAUUAUUUUACUACGGGUAUAAUGGCUAAGGCAGCGGCACUCUCUGACAAAUGAUUGAUAGCAAUACAUGGAGCGUGUCUACGACAAGAUUCGGAACUUUUUGAGUUCGAGAGAGUGUUGUGCAAGCUUAAUCGUGCUAAAAUGCAGAAGGUUUUAACCGAGUUGUUUAUACUCCAAGAAACAUGCAUUCUUAUCGCCUCUCAACCGGAACAGCGUAUUCUAAAUCAAUCCAGUGACAAAGGGAGGCGCAAAGGCGGCAGUGUUGUGUCCUGUUUGAUUAUCAUCUCCAUCAAAUUAGUCUCACACCGAGGUUUUGCGGCAAUAAAUCACAACAGAACGCAGCUAUCGUUUCACUAACGAUCUUACAAUAUGCUACUCGCUUGCCCUACAAAUACCUCUGUAUACACACUUUCGGCUAACAAGAUAAACUCUUGUCGGUUAGGGGUGAGUUUAAGCCAAUAAGGCAAGUUGUUUAUAGAUUUCUGAGCCUAAGAAAACGCACACCGUGGUAUGUAGGACCAAAAGGUUUGUAUUUCCGGUCACUCUUCACAUGGAGACGUUGUUUUAUUCGUCAUUAGAAUAACUGAUUGUAUUCUAACCAAUCAGAUUAUGUCUCACACAUCGCGAUGUCAAUUACGCUUGCCAAUCCACCAAUCAGCUAUCUCCCCUCCAAGCAUGCUAAUUACGUUUGGCAGAAGAUUCAGUGAAGUGUUGUCCCCUUCAACAUGGCAGCGUAAGUUGAUUGUCGAUAAAUUUCUCACUGCAAUUGUAAAGUGGCUUCGUCGUUCGUAGUUUAAUCGCCGGGAUUAUGCAUUUCAAGGUGAAAUCUAAUGUGUGGUUUGUAAUUGCCACGAUUCUGCUAUAUUUACGACCGUGUUUGCCGUUAAAGAGAUGCGAACCCGUCACCAUUCCUUUGUGCACGGGCCUUCAGUACAACAUGACGAUCUUUCCGAACACACUCAAACAUCGCACGCAAGAAGAGGCCGCCCUCGAGGUUCAUCAAUUCUUCCCCCUUGUCAAAGUAGACUGCUCCAAGGAUCUCGCGUUCUUCUUGUGUUCCGUGUACGCUCCCGUCUGCACAGUACUGGAGACUCCCUUGCCGCCUUGCCGGUCUCUGUGCUUGACCGUGCGAUCCGGUUGUGAGGGUUUGAUGAAACGAUUUGGCUUUACCUGGCCAGACUCUCUAUCUUGCGAGCGAUUCCCUAAACUUGGCGACGAGAUCUGUGUCGGAGAAAACACUACCACCCCUACAAGCGAUCAGGACGGGGGAAUAAACAACAACACAUAUCCCGAUGUUGAUAUGUCGACAAUGCGGUACCGCUGUCCCGAAAGUCAAAAGAUCCCUAACGAUCAAUAUACUUUUCACGGCGAGAAACGGUGCGCAGCGACAUGCAGAAAUGUCUUCUUCACAAAACGAGAGCGCGAAAUCGCACGUAUGUGGACUGGCAUUUGGGCAAUAUUAUGUGCCGUCUCGACAUUGUUCACCAUUUUGACUUUCCUAAUUGAUAUGCGCCGAUUUCGUUACCCAGAAAGGCCUAUAAUCUUUCUUUCGGGGUGCUAUUUUAUGGUUUCUAUCGCGUUUAUUACUGGCUAUGUGGCAGGGGACAAGAUCGCUUGCAAUGAGCCUAUCAAGAAGGGUUUUCCAAAGACGCUCGUGCAAGGUACCAAGCACGAAGGCUGCACGGUUAUUUUCAUGAUGCUGUAUUUCUUCAGCAUGGCGUCUUCCAUCUGGUGGGUUAUUUUGACGGUGACUUGGUUCUUAGCAGCAGGACUGAAGUGGGGACAAGAAGCUAUUGAAGCAAACUCACAGUUCUUCCAUCUAGCGGCGUGGGCAAUCCCCGCAGUCAAGACCAUUGCGAUUCUUUUGAUGACCAAAGUUGACGGAGACGAACUUAGCGGCGUCUGCUAUGUCGGGCUGUCAGAUGUUAGUGCACUUAGAGGCUACGUGCUCGCUCCGCUUUUCGUGUAUUUUAUCAUUGGAGCGACAUUUCUCUUGGCUGGGUUUAUCUCGUUGUUCCGCGUACGCUCUGUAUUAAAAGAUGAUUACUCGAAGCGCGAGAAGAUCGAAAAGCUCAUGAUACGCAUCGGUGUUUUCUCGAUCCUAUACACAGUGCCUGCACUCGUAGUCAUCGGGUGUCUCUACUACGAGCAGUCCAAUAGAGAACUUUGGGACAACUCUUGGAUAGAGGGCUGGAAGCGGCAGAAAAAGUGUACAGAGGUAGAGACAAAACUAAAAGGGGAGGUAUCAUGUCCUCCUUACCCCGUUCCGCUUCAGAAGCCAGAUUUUAUGGUGUUUAUGGUUAAAUAUCUUAUGUUCCUCAUCGUUGGAAUAACCUCUGGAUUUUGGAUUUGGUCGAGCAAAACCCUGAACUCCUGGAGAAGAUUCUACCGGAGAUUUAUACUAAGAGAGAAAGGCCGCCCGAACACCAGCGUAUGAUGUAUGAUUGCCGUUCGCGUGAGAGAAAGAUUAUAGAAAGAGACCAUUGAUCAUUCUCUACUGUACCGAAGUGUUAAAAUCUUCCAUUGACCGUUCACGUAUGACAAAAGGACACGUACAGAGGGCAAUUUCACACAUUAGAGAAAAUCCAUGCAGGCUAAAACGUCAAUAAACACUCCUAGAAAGUGAGAGGACGUUUAUACGUAAGCAAAUCGUGUCGGAUGGACAAAAUUUCGACUUUUAGGGCGGGACACACGCAGAGCGUUGGUCCCCAACAAUGCGUCAGUGUCGAGGACAAUGCAAUCACUGAAUUUUCACCCCAGUUCUGAUAUUUUAUUUGAUAAAGUGACACCUAGAUAACUUAAAAUCUGCUAAGCAAAGUAUAUAUAUUAUAUAUUUCCUUUCAGUUUAUAUUUUUGCUAAAGCGAAGUAUUUCGAGUAUAGAUAUAUGUAUUUUAUUCUCAUUCUCCUUAGGGAUCUGCAUUCGUAGUUAAGAACGAUCGCGCCAAAUUGCUAUUCAGUUUCAUUCGCUCGACAUCAGCGACGCCUAAUUCCUCCUAAUACCAAUUGAUACAAGGAUCUGUUAAACCGCAAGGGUUUUCUCAAUGCGGAUAAAAGUUUCUCCCUACUUGAUGCGUUAGUCUAUUGUGUGGUCGUGUGCCCAUGGGAAGCCAUGCCCUCUAGCCAUCUCCUUACUACAAAGGUGUAACAUUUCCUGAUCUUCCGCCUUGAAUGAUGGCACUGGAGUCUUAGGAUUUAAAAGAGAGAGGCUUCAACUUUGAAACACCCAAUACUAUUACCACAAUGGAAAUCAAAUUUGUCACAUUGGAGAUUUCCAAAGAAUGCCUUGUUUUAAUUUGCACUGUGCAUUUUCUUCGAUAAUCUGCACUGCUUUGUGGGUGUAAAUCAACGUUAUUUUUACAUGGAUCUUAUGGUUAAAUGAAAUCAGUAUACAAAUGAAAUAUAGUGUAGCUUAAAUAUGGAAUCUUGUUAUCUAAGAGAGCAUUAUGUAUUAAGCCACUAAUGGCAUUUGUCUAGUGUAUUUGCUUGUCUGCUAGAUUUAAUGUUUUAUAUUCAAGACGCUUUUAUUACACAAACAUAUUACCCUGCCUAUUGGUUCAGUUAAUCGAGAUUUUUUUUUUUUAAUUGUAUUGUUCUAAGAUCCAAGAAAGCAAAUUUCCCUCUUUCAUAUCAUGUGAAUGUGACUCACAUCUAUCACCUGUAGAUGGUGGCGUAUGUAUAACCUAAACAUCGCUGCUUGGAUAUGCAUGGCCUAUUAGAGAGAACUAUUGUAUCUACAAAACUAGGGUGUAGACAAAUGUAUUCUACAUCCUGUUUUGAAAAUAUGUCUGUCUGGUUUGACUAUCAAAAGAUGCACAAUUCUGAAAUACUGUAUUUUGAAAUUGUUUGGUACUGGCUUAGCAUGUGCUUUUAUGUUGAGUGCUCUGUUAGUUUGCACUAGUGACUGUUAUACACUUUUAAGUAUUUUACCAGAUGCUGUCAUUUUUUAUAGCACAGAGAGCUUGCCAAAUGUCAGUAAACAUGCUAUUGAAGCUAAAUACACAAUUGGAUGUGAGAACAAAUACGCAUUAUUAAUUAUAUACAAGUUUCAUAAACUUGAUUACAAACUUUUUAAGAUGAUUUAAAUUUUGGGUUGAAAAUAGACAUUGGUAACUUCUUAAUUAUAAUUGUGAUAUCACAGUGAUCUUUCAUUAGAUUAUAAUGAAGUCAGUUGUGAAUCCAAGCUUGUAUUAUAGAAUUGUAUAUAUGUUAGAAAGACAGUCAUCUCUAGCUGUUUUUCUAUGCCUAUUUCUAGCCUGCAAAGCAAUGAUUCAGAAACAAUCCAGCCAUAUGGACAAUCUUUAUCUUUUCUUUGGCAAUUGUGUUUGUGCAGCCAUACAAUUAUCUACUUAAAAGAGAUGAGCUGAAAUCUAAUAGUUACUAAUUUUUAUAACAAAAAAAAGUUAAAAACAUGAGAAAGAUAUGUAGUAUAUUUAUCAUGCAAUAAUUCAUGCUUUUGUAUAUCCUUUACCAUGCUUAGUUGAUAAGAAGACCUUUUGAUUCUGCCUUGA